GCCGUGGCCGUGGCCGUGGGCAGCCUACGUGCACGACGGGGAUCCGGCCACCUGUCCCGGCUCCACCCCGCGCAUCAGCAGGUCUCUGCUCCUUCUUGCCAUGCCUGAGGAGAUGGACGGUGCCCCGCCACUGCCCGGCUCCACCCUGUGCCCCCCGUCUUACUAGACCCCCGGCGCUGGCGGCGGCAGGAUGAACAUCGCAGCCGUCUUCAACGCCCUGCUGGUGUCCAUCCUCGCAGCCGUGUUGUGGAAGCACGUCCGGCUCCGGGAGCAUGCGUCCACGCUGGAGGAGGAGCUGGCCCUCAGCCGCCAGGCCCGGGAGGCCCCCCGGGAGACCAUCGACUACCAGGCGGCCCUGCGGAGCCUCCUGGAAGAGGGCACGCGCAUGGUGUGCACCGGCCGCACGCACACCGACCGCGUCUGCCGCUUCCAGGGCCUCUGCUACUCGGUGGAGGCCGAGGAGUUCCUCUUCCUCCACAGCAAUGCCUCGGUCAUGCUGCCCAGCCUGGGCCCCCGCCGCUUCCAGCCCGCCCUCCUGGACCUGUCCUCGGUGGAGGACCACAACACCCAGUACUUCAACUUCGUGGAGCUGCCCGCCAGCGCCCUGCGCGCCCUGCCCCCGCCGCUCUUCGUGCCCGAGGUGGCGCUGAUCACCAACCGCUUCAACCCCGACAACCUCAUGCACAUCUUCCACGACGACCUGCUGCCCAUCUUCUACACCAUGCGGCAGUUCCCCGGCCUGGACCGCGAGGCCAGGCUGGUCUUCAUGGAGGGCUGGGGCCCCGGGCUGCACUUCGACCUCUACCGGCUGCUCAGCCCCAAGGUGCCCCUGGUGCGGGAGCAGCUGAAGAGCCUGGGCAGCCUUCUCUGCUUCCCGCAGGCCUACGUGGGGCUCUCCAAGGUCACCACCUGGUACCAGUACGGCUUCGUGCAGCCCCAGGGCCCCAAGGCCAACAUCCUGGUGUCGGGCAACGAGAUCCGCCAGUUCACGCGGUUCUUCGCGGAGAGGCUGAAUGUCAGCGGGUCGGAGGGGCGGGGCCCUGCUGGGGAAGAGUACAUCGUGCUCUUCAGCCGCACCCUCAACAGACUCAUCUUGAAUGAGGCGGAGCUGCUCUUGGCUCUCGCCCAGGAGUUCCAGAUGAAGACCGUCACGGUGUCGCUGGAGGACUACGCCUUUGCGGACGUGGUGCGGCUGGUCAGCAACGCCUCCAUGCUGGUCAGCAUGCACGGAGCCCAGCUGAUCACCUCCCUUUUCCUGCCCCGGGGCGCCGUGGUGGUGGAGCUCUUCCCGUACGCCGUCAACCCCGACCAUUACACGCCCUACAAGACCCUGGCCGGCCUUCCCCACAUGGACCUCCAGUAUGUGGCCUGGCAGAACACCAAGCAGGAAAACACGGUCACCUACCCCGACCGGCCCUGGGACCAGGGGGGCAUCGUCCACCUGGACCGGACCGAGCAAGAGCGCAUCCUGCAGAGCCGCGAGGUCCCCAGGCACCUGUGCUGCCGCAACCCCGAGUGGCUGUUCCGCAUUUACCAGGACACCAAGGUGGACAUCCCGUCCCUCCUCCAGGCCAUCCGGGGGGCGGUGAAGGCCGGCCUGGGGCUUGGGAAGCACAAGUGGGCGAGCAGCUUGUACCCGAGCAAAGUGAGAGGGGCCAGGUGCCAAGCCUCCGUCCAGGGGGCCACCGAGGCCCGGCUGAGUGUGUCCUGGCAGACCCCCUGGAAUCUCAAGUUCGUGAAGGUCAAGGAAGUGAAAUACGAAGUCUGGAUCCAGGAGCAGGGGGAGAACGCGUACAUGCCUUACAUCCUGACCCACCAGAACCACACCUUCGCUGAGAACAUUAAGCCCUUCACCACCUACCUGGUCUGGAUCCGAUGCAUCUUCAGCAAAAAUCUCCUGGGACCUUUUGCAGAUGUGCUCGUGUGUAGCACGUAGCCCCACGGGCCCAGUCAGCAGCAGGAGAUCCUUCCGCUUCCAGGAUGGUCUCAGAGAAUGGUGUACGUAUUGAGAAGGUGGAAGAGAACGAGCCCCACCCACCCACCCCCACCCCCGCCCCCACCCCCCACUAGUGCCUCAGUGGUCGUUUAUUGCAUUUACUGUGUGUGUAUUCUUGACUGUGACAAUACUCGGUGGAACCCAACUCUCCCUCCCAGCCCUGCCUCUCCACCUCUUCAGCAGCAGUGACUGACUGCCCACCCCUGCCCCUCCUUCCAGCCCAGUGACUGACUGCCCCCUCCACCGUUGCCACUGAGUAUCCGUAGUACUGGAAAAGUAACUGUGAAUUGAGUAGGUGGGUCCAAGCCCUGCAUAGGUUUAUGGGGACUGGGGGUGGUUAUGUGGAAUAUUUCAUUAGCUUCUUCGUUGUGAAACUUUCCCAAAUCCUAAUUCAAGGAUGUGUUGUUGAGACGUUCAAUAAAUGGUUGUGAGCAUC